GAGACCCCUGGAGCUUGACACAGACGGGAUAUGGUGUGUGCUUCCAAAUAGCUUUCCAGAGAACUUUGUCAUCAAGUCAACCCAUUCCAAGAAACCCAAGGUGACCAUUUCCUAUCCAGGGGCUAUGCUGAACAUCAUGGUGAAGGAGGGUUUUACAAACAAUCAAUACCAGGAGCUGGUGGACCCAGCAUCCCUCAAGUAUGUAUCCCGCUCAGAGAACAGCAUCUUUUUUGAAGUAGAUGGUCCCUAUCUGGCUAUGAUCCUCCCAGCCUCCAAGGAGGAGGGCAAGAAGCUAAAGAAAAGAUACGCCGUGUUCAAUGAAGACGGUUCCCUUGCCGAGCUGAAGGGCUUUGAGGUGAAGCGGCGAGGAGAGCUGCAGCUGGUGAAGAUCUUCCAGUCCUCGGUCUUCGAGGCCUUCCUGAAGGGCACCACGCUGGAGGAGGUCUACGCUUCGGUCGCCAAAGUAGCCGAUUACUGGCUGGAUGUGCUGCACAGCAAGGCAGCCAACAUGCCCGAUUCUGAGCUGUUUGAGUUGAUCUCGGAGAACAGAUCCAUGUCUCGGAAGCUGGAGGACUACGGAGAGCAAAAAUCCACAUCCAUCAGCACCGCCAAGCGCUUGGCUGAGUUUCUUGGGGACCAGAUGGUGAAGGACGCCGGCCUGAGUUGUCGGUUUAUCAUCUCAAAGAAACCAGAAGGCUCCCCGGUUACCGAGAGAGCCAUCCCACUUGCCAUCUUCCAGGCCGAGCUCUCCGUGCGCAAGCAUUACCUCCGGAAGUGGCUAAAAAGUCCUUCGCUGCAGGAUUUUGACAUCCGAAUGAUCCUAGACUGGGAGUAUUACAUUGAAAGACUGGGCAGCACAAUCCAGAAGAUUGUCACCAUCCCAGCAGCACUGCAGCAGGUGAAGAAUCCGGUCCCCCGUGUCCGUCAUCCGGAUUGGCUGCACAAGAAGCUGCUGGAGAAAAAUGACGUCUUCAAGCAGAAAAAAAUCAGCGAGCUCUUUGCCAGUGAAGGCAAAAGACAGGUCUCCACUAACGUAGCCAGGGAGGAUACCCCAAAUAGUCAAGUGACCGACAUGGAAGAUUUUGGGGUCACCAAACCUCUGCAGCCAGCGCCCCCUAUAUCAAGCAAGCGUAAACGAAUCCCCACAGCGGAGGAGAGCCAGCCCCAGUCCCAAGCUCUGGAGCUCACCCAAUCGUGGAGGGAGAUCCUGGGAACCCCACCGCCCAUCGGCACCACUAAAGAGGAACGCCUGCUGUGGCUCCGCUACCAUAAGAAAAAGUGGGAGCUUCAGGCUCGUCAGCGCCAGGAGCGCCGGAAGAAGCGGAGGCUGGCCGAUGGAGAAGCCGUCCUGGGGGGCGGAGUGAUCCGAGCUGGGCCCUCCAAAGGGCUGAGCAAUUACCUGCGCAAGACCGCCCGGAGUAUCCUUGACAUGCCCUGGCAGAUAGUACAGAUUGCUGAGACUGGCCAGCCAGGCCUCUUCAAGCUAUGGGCUGUGAUUGGGAGUGAUCUCUAUUGCCUCAAGCUGAAUGUCCCACGUAUCUUCUAUAUCAACCAGCGUGUUCCUAAACCUGAAGAGAGCACGGUCUAUAGAAAGGUGAAUCGAAUUCUUCCCCGUUCCAGCUUGGCCUUCAACCUGUACGAGUACUCGGUGCCUGAAGAUAUGUACCUGGAGCGCAUCAAUGAGAUCAACGCCAGCCUCUCUGCUCCAGACAUUGAGGGGGUUUAUGAGACCCAGGUGCCAUUACUCCUCCGGGCCCUGGUUCACCUGGGCUGCGUCUGCAUGGUGAAUAAGCAUUUGGUGAGGCACCUGAGUGGCCGGGAAGCCGAGACGUUUGACCUGGAGCACCUGGAGAGGAAGUCUCUGGCACAGUUCAGC